AUGGCCGCCGUGCACCGGGGCUGGGGCGGCCGGGUGCCGCUGCUCCUGGUCGUGGCGGUGGUGGCCGUGCGGCAGGCCGUCGGCAGGCAGGCCGCGGUGGUGGCCUUCAAGGACCACAAGGUGCUGCGCAUCGUCCCCGCCACGGACAAGCAGCUGCAGAGCCUCCGGCAGUACCUCGGCGCCAACCCCACGCUGGACGUGUGGCUGGACCCCACCGUCCCGGGCUCGCCCGUCGACGUGCACGUGUCGCCCGCCGACGCCGUGGCCUUCAGGGAGUACCUCGGCCGCCAGGAGCUCACGCACAAGGACAUGAUCCCCGACCUCGGCAGAGUCGUCGACGAGGAACAGCGGCAGAUGCUGGACGCCAAACGGUCCAACCCGGAGUUCGGCUGGGACAACUACCACACCCUGGAGGAGAUCUACAAGUGGAUGCAGAGCCUGGUGCGCAAGUACCCCGACGAGGUGACGCUGGUCGACGGAGGCCGCAGCUACGAGGGCAGGACGAUCCUCGGCGUCAAGAUCAAAGCCGUGGAGGAGGACGCCCCCGUCGCCUUCAUCGAAGCGGGUAUCCACGCGCGUGAGUGGAUCACCCCCGCCACGGCCACCUUCAUGAUCAACGAGAUCCUGACGCGGAGCGACGAGGAGUUCAGGUCGGCCGUGCGCGCCUACGAGUGGCACAUCUUCCCGUCCACCAACCCCGACGGCUACUACUACACCCACAACGGGAACAGAUUAUGGAGGAAGUCGAGGAGCAAGUUCAACUACAUCUGCUACGGCGCUGACCUGAACAGGAACUGGCCGUUCCACUGGGGAGAGACCGGCUCCAGCUCGUCGCCGUGCUCGGAUGUCUACGCCGGGGUGCGCGCCGGGUCCGAGGCCGAGACCAAGGCCCUGCGGCACUAUGUGGAUGCCCUCAUGGAGAAGCCGAACCCGCUUCGAGUGUACAUCAGCCUGCACUCGUACAGCCAGCUGCUCAUGUUCCCCUGGGGGUACACUCUGAACCUGGCCGCGGACCACGCCGACCUCGACGCCGUCGCCCAGGCCGCCGCGCAGGCCGCCAGCAAGCGCUACGGCACCAAGUUCAGGCACGGCCCCAUCGCCAGGACCAUUUACGCGGCCUCGGGGAGCACGAUCGACUACACCUACGAGAAGGGCGUCAAAUUCCCAUUCGUGUAUGAACUGCGGGACACGGGGGAGCACGGUUUCUUGCUGCCGAAGGACCAAAUCAGACCGGCUGCUGAAGAGGCUGUGGAUUCCAUGGCCGUCAUCGCUGCCGAAGUCUUGAAAAGGAAGUGAACGUGACUGGUUCAACUAUGGGUGACAGAGGCCACUUUUGACAGCGCGAUCUAUUACACUAUAAUGACCAAUUUGAAUAAAUUAUUUUUCUCUUUUA